UCAUGGCAACCGAUCUUUGACAGCCUAAAACAGAAAGGCUAGGUUUAGCUGCGACCUUGUCCGUUUUUUUAUUCUAUUUAGUUUUUCUUCUAUUUUGCCUUCCCGCCUAUUCUCGUUUUCCGUUCUUAUUUUUCCUGGACUCACACCAAGUCGCGAGAAUGAAUCGACCCGAAAGGAACCACUUGCACAAUCCAGACGACGAGAUACCAAAUAUCGAAGCUCACUUGGAAUAUGUCAAUAAAGUCAUGAAAUGGAGCCAGGUUGAUUUAGACCGGUGCAUUUCGCUUUUCAAGGCUCGUCUUAGCGCCGAGGAAGUAUACUUGCAAUCACUCGCAAAGAUCACCAAGUCCGUGGUGGUACCUGAAGCUGAACCCUACACUUAUUUUAAUAAUUCACAAACCACGUUUCAGCAAGCAACCCAACAAUACGAGUCGGCUCUCAACAAAACCGUGGCCUAUCGACGAGAUUUCAUCCAGCAACUGAGAAAACAAAUCGACAAUCUCCUUGAUUUUAAAAACGAGCAAGAGACAUGGAGAAAAAAGGUCAAGAUUGUUCUUACCAAGAAAAAUGAAGAUUACAUCAACUUCCGCACGCGCCAAUUACCCAAGCUGUAUAAAACAUAUAUCUCUCGCUGUCAAGAGCUAAAGUAUCAACAGCAACUUUAUCAGCAACAGCAGCAAUCUUCACAAUCUCAGUCGCCUCCGCUUCACGUUCAAGCCUUUCCUCAAACCCUUUCUCCACCAUCCUCCUAUGAAGAUCCAUCCAUCCACCUUACCUACGAUAAUGUUACACGCUUGUCAUCCGAAGAAUCACGUCCGAGAAAAAGCAGUGAUACCGACAAUGAUUCUAUAUCGUCUCUCAAUGCACAAGAUAUGGCCCAUCGAAAAGGGGUUUCGGGAUUCAUGGCCCAGAUGCGCACGCAAAUAGCCAAUGCAGCUGCCGCGGCCUCGGGAGACUUUAAUCGUCAAAAUGCUCGAUUUGCAAAGAUGAAAAAAGAUAUAAGUGAAGCCGAUCAAGCCUAUCGUCAAGGGAUUCAAAAACUGGAAUCCUUGCGUCACGUACAAAUCGAAGCAGCGAAACAAGCCAUGAAGCAUGUCGAAGUCAAUUUUUUCAAAAAGUCGGAAGCGGCAAAGAUCAUCUUAUCGUUCAUGUUAUCCGCUGAGCAUGCUACUUUGAUGAAAGAGAUGGCCCUUGCUCAACAAUCAAUCAAUGUUGUUGAAAAUAUGGAUGGACGAUAUGAUGCAGAAAUUUUCAUGAAAGAAUAUGAGAGCUAUACGCACUUUAUAUUACCCACCCCCAUUUGCUAUCACAAUUAUUAUUAUGGCAAAUGUCGAGAUAUUUUGUUCGGCAUGUCUUUGGAUGAAUAUGCUCUUCGACAUAAUCACCGAGUACCGCUGGUGGUGGUGAAAUGCAUCGAUGCCAUUGAGCAUCUUGGGGGCAUUGAAAAAGAAGGCAUUUACCGAGUGUCGGGACGGCAGAGCAACAUUGAUUUGCUGAAAUGGGAAUUUGAACGAAACGAAGAUACCAUCGAGCUGGACUCGCGGUACGAUGUGUUCACAAUAGCUUCGGUGCUGAAAAUCUAUCUACGUGAACUGCAACGGCCAUUACUAAAUCUAAGCAUGCAAGACCGCAAAGACUAUUCAGGUAUUACGGAUGAAACCAGCCGCCUUCACCUGCUUCAGGAACGCUUGGUCGAAUUACCUGAAAUUUAUCGCAACACUCUGGAAAUGCUCGCUGCUCAUUUGGCCAAGGUCAAUGACAAACGGCAGGUCAAUAAAAUCGGGAUGCAGAAUUUGUCGGUUUUAUUCACCCCAGCGUUAUUCCACGAUCAUAAUCAAGCAGAAAAUGCAGGCGAAUGGUAUUCUGAUCGUGUUUUGGAAGAUUUGAUUAUCCACCAUCAGCGCGUUUUCGAACAAGUGCGAAAGGAAGUGAAAGAAAGAGAAAGACGACAACAAGAACACGAGCAACAGCAACAGCAGCAACAGCAACAGCAACAGCAGCAACAUGAACAUGAACAUCAGGAGCAGCCACAGCAGCCGCAAUCCAGGCGUGAUCAGGUAGUGCCCCAGCAGCAGCUGCAGCAACAAGUUACAGAAAAUGAAAGCGUGAAAAAUCCUGCUGGAUCAGGUUAUACGCCAUCGCCUACUUCCCUUGUGACAUCUUCACCCGUCUCCCAAUCUCCUCAAACGGCUUAUGGGUCCACCAAACACGAAUAUCAUAUUCCUGAAGAGACGGUUGUUUCCUCGCCGUUUUCUGAAGUCCUUCCCAUGCUGACGACUCACAACACAUUGAAUGCAACGGAUCGACCGGUGGAUCAACUGAACAGAACUCACUCUGACGCUGCGGUGAUUGGAGUUAACCCUCGCGAUAUUGAUGACAAAGAACCUUCCCGACCCACCGAGGAAGGAUUGGCCGCAGGUCUUUUCCGUCGAGCUACGGUUCGUGCACGGGCGGUGAUUCCGCCACGACAUGAUUCGUUACGAUUGCAGCGUCGGCCAUCAAAAAAAGCGCGGGAUUCAUCCCGACAGCAAGAGCCAACGUCGCCAAAUAUCGACAACGAAAAACAGCCAUUCAGCAGGAUGCCGGAAGUGCAGCCCACGCUACUGGAUCGACCGUCCCAAGUUUCUCCCGAGAUUACCAUUGCCAAAAGUAUGAAUCUUGAAAGAAAUAGAUGAUUGAAACAUAUUUAAUAUAAUUUAUACGUUGCAACCCAUGAACUUAAUUCACUUAUUGAAGUGUCUUGAGCGCCAUCAGAUGAGCAGCAUGAAAAAUGGGUAAUACCUUGAUGAGAGCCGGUAUUGUGAAGUCAUG